AUGGAUGGAUGGAUGGACGUCAUGAGGCUUGCCGUUACGCAAAACAAAACGCAUCCAAAGAUCAAAUGUGUCCGAGGGUUUGUUCCUCCCACACCGGCUUUGUUCAGCUCGACCCCUGACCCCUCCGACCCGCCUCAGCAUCAGCAGCUGACUGCCGACGAGCUACUGUACAUCCGUCACGCCGCGGGCACAAACAGCAGAGUCGAUCUGUCGAACGCUCGAUCGUGUGCGUGUGUGCGAGAGAAACACUGUGGAGUGACGAGAUCGGCUGACGGGAUCCAACACACCUUGGCUUUUGACCCAACUUGUGAAUUCGGUGCGGUCGUGUGGCGCGGCGUGUCCCACCGACGAGCAGAACCAGGACAGCCCUCAGGUACAGCUGUGGAGUCGCACCAGGAAAUAGCGGAGGCCUCGACGCUACGGUGGCCUGUUCCGGCCCAAAUUCGGGCCGUUUCCCUCCCGCACUGCACGGGAAACCUCCGGCGACCAUGGGCCGGAGAACACCCGACGUGCCCGCGGGCGGCCCCGUCGUCGCGAAACGCGUUUACUCACCCGCAAAGUGCGAUUCUCCCGUGGCGGAACGUCGAUCCGUUUCCCCCCUCAAGCCACAGCAGGAACUUACUCCACGUCACGUGCCGCGCAGGCGGGGCGCGGAUUGGCUGGGUGUCAAACUGGAGUUUGAAAGGGAAACGUAGUUUUCUGAGGCGGGCGCCAUGUUCCGUGAGUCAUGCGAGGCCGCCGGGGGGUCAGUAG